UCUUCUUUUUUUUUUCAAAAUACAAUUGUUAAUUUUAUUAAAUAGUACUAUAUAAAACCAACUCUACAAAGUAAACAUAAACCUCAAAACUAUUAAAUAAUUUUAUGCAUGUUAUUACAAUGCUAUUUUUGUUUUUAUUUUUCCAGAGUAAAUAUUUUACUAUUACAUUUAUCAAAAUCCAUUUUCUACUCAAUAAAAUUAAUUUUUAGUUUAUGAAGAAAUAUCACUAUUAUUGUGUAUAUACUAUCUCUAUAGACUUGUGUUUUCCCAAAUUUAGAAAUAUUUGUUAACUUUUAAAUUUAAAUUUGUAAAUAAUAGUUAUCAACAAUUAUUUAAUUCCAAAAUUUACAUAAAAUUAAUGCAUGUAUAGUUAAAUUCUACACAUAAUUAUUUUUUUGUAGUUAACCGCUGAUGAAUAUAUAUUAUAAUUAUGGAAAAAGUUUAUUAAAAAAUAUGUAUGUACAUUUUACUUUUAAUAUGCACAGAUAUAUGCAUAUAUUAUAUGUACAAGUUAUAAUUAGAUAUAUAUAUGUAUGUUUCAACACAAAAUUAAUUUUAAGUUUAUGUUUAAACAUAGAAUUAUAUUAUUUUGUGUUUGCUUUAAAAAAAAGAGAUUAUGUGUGUCUUGAUAAUAAUAUUUUAUAUUAUGUUAUUUCCAUAAUAAAUAUUUUAUUAUUAAUAAAACUUUUAUUUUAUUAUUUUAAAAACAAAAAUCAAAAACCAAAAACCAAAAUCUAAAAUCACCAUUCAUAAUUUUCCAGAAACUAAAAUCUACUGCAAAAUCAAAAACCAGAAAUCAAAAUAUAUAAUCCAAAAACCAAAAACUAAAAACCAAAAACCAAAAUCCAAAAUCUAGAAACUAACCAAACAAUCAUCACCUAGAUCGAUUGAAAUUUUUAUGAUUUUUUUUCAUCUGUAUCUGUGACAAAAAAAACAGCGAGAAAGAAAAAUCAUAUCAUAUAUAGCAGUCCUCAUACAAGAUAUAAAAGCAUCAAAAUGUAUGAUCUAACCUAAGUAUUAUUAUAGCAUCGCAUACUGUUAGGCUGGCUAUGCCUCUCUCUCUCUCUCUAAAGAUGAAACAGAUAAAAUCAAAUAAAACAAAAAUAAAAAAUUCAAGAAUAAAAAGAAAAGGUUUUGAUACGAGAGCAAACCAGAGGCGUAGAUUCUCAAAUCACCAAGAGCCUCUCGAAUUCUCCCUCCAUCCUCCUCGCCGGCGUUCAACCUCGACGUUACACCUUUCUACGUCCCACGUUUUGACUUUGAUCCGAGAUUCUUUUCGAGGAUCGCUUCCUUAUCAGAGACUUGGCCUUGGAACAUAUUUUUGAAGAAUCUAUAUAGCUAGCUAGGGUUCUUAGGUCUGGUGAAGAAUACGUGCAGUAAAAAUUGUUCGUAUAUCUCUAGGAGUUGGAUUUUGAUAUUCUGGUUGAUGUACAUUUUGGACGUGAGAGUUUUGGAUUCCUUUUUUUGAAAAAUAUUUCAAUUUUUUGACGGAAGCUUACUUCUUGGUAACUACCAUGCAUGCAUGGGUUAGAUAGGGACUCGUCUUCGUGCAAUGAAAUGAGAUUCAACUGAUGUUAAACGAUUUGCUGGAUAAUGUUCCGAAAGGGAACUAGUUAUUUUCCGUUCCAAUGGCUGAGAGAGACGUCGAACAGGCCAUUACGUCACUUAAGAAAGGUUCCUACUUGCUGAAAUACGGUCGCAGGGGGAAGCCUAAGUUCUGUCCAUUCCAGCUUACAAGUGACGAGUCAACAUUAGUAUGGUACUCUGGCAAAGAAGAGAAGCAGAUUAAGCUUAGUCAAGUCCUCAGAAUUGUUCCUGGACAACGCACGGCUACAUUCAAGAGAUAUCCACGGCCGGAGAAAGAGUAUCAGUCCUUUUCCCUCAUAUGUCCUGAUAGGUCCUUGGAUUUGAUAUGUAAAGACAAGGACGAAGCAGAAGUGUGGGUUGUUGGUUUGAAGGCACUGAUCACUCGUGUAAAAAUCUCCAAAUGGAAAAACACUAUUAAACCUGAGAUCACUUCACCAGAAUGUCCAACACCUCAAGCACGAAGAGUGUCUCCAUUCGUAUCAAUCCUUGAUCAAGUUACUCAGCCCUCUACCGAGACUUCUACACCAAACCGUUUAGGAAAAGUCUUUUCCGACAUUGUCUCAAUAACUGCACCAGCCAAUAACAAUCAGACAGAAGCCAAUACUCUCAAUCCCAACCUAUACUGUCCUAUUUCUCCUGGUAAUGUGGAAAACCCGAAUUCACGGUUCUCCACCGGGGGUGACCUGGCUAGACUCAGCCUAUCUAGCGCUGUGAGUACAUCUAGCCAUGGUUCGUAUCACGAAGAGUUUGAUGCUUUAGGUGAUGUUUUCCUCUGGGGUGAAGCUAUAAGUGACGGUGUACUAAGUGGUACUGGAAAGACAUUACAUUCCACUACAGAGGAUGCACUUUUACCUAAAACAUUAGAGUCCACAAUAGUUCUCGAUGCUCAAAACAUAGCAUGUGGUAGGUGUCAUGCUGUUUUAGUUACAAAACAAGGAGAGAUCUUCAGCUGGGGAGAGGGAACAGGUGGGAAACUAGGACAUGGCUUAGAAAAAGAUACUCACCAACCAAAGUUCAUUAGUAGUGUCAGAGGGAUGAAUUUCAAAUCUUUAGCCUGUGGUGAAUUUCAUACAUGUGCUGUUACUCAAUCUGGUGAUCUUUAUACUUGGGGUGACGGCACUCGAAAUGUCGAUUUGCUUGGUCAUGGGAGUGAAUCCAGCUGCUGGAUUCCCAAGAGGGUGACUGGUGUCUUACAAGGAAUGCAUGUGUCUUAUGUGGCUUGUGGUCCUUGGCAUACAGCAGUGGUUGCAUCAUCAGGACAGUUGUUUACAUUUGGAGACGGAUGUUUUGGUGCACUAGGUCAUGGAGACAGAACAAGCUCUAGUGUUCCGCGCGUAGUUGAAAGCCUAAGUGAAGUAAGAGUAAUGAAGGUUGCUUGUGGAUUUUGGCAUACAGCUGCAGUGGUGGAGGUUACAAAUGAAGCAUCUGAUGCAGAGCUCUACUCUUCGUGUGGACAACUGUUCACAUGGGGAGAUGGUGAGAAAGGCCAGCUUGGUCAUGGUGACAAUUCGGCAAAGCUACUCCCUGAGUGUGUAACCUCAUUGACAGAUGAAAACAUCUGCCAAGUUGCUUGUGGACAUAGUCUCACUGUCUCUCUUACAUCCAAUGGACAUGUGUAUACAAUGGGUAGCCCGGCUUACGGCCAGCUGGGCAACCCUACGGCCAAGGAGAAGGUCCCUUCACGCGUCGAAGGAGACAUAGCAGAGACUUGUGUAGAGGAGAUUGCGUGUGGUUCUCAUCAUGUGGCUGUGUUGACAUCUAAAUCAGAGGUUUACACUUGGGGAAAAGGAUUAAAUGGUCAGUUAGGACACGGAACCGUUGAGAACAAAAGAGAACCUGCUGUUGUUGGGUUUUUGAAAGAAAAACAAGUCAAGGCUAUAACAUGUGGCUCCAACUUCACUGCUGUGAUUUGUCUUAACAAAUGGGUACCUGGCUCUGAACAUUCUCUCUGUGCUGGUUGCCGUAACCCUUUCAAUUUUAGAAGAAAACGUCACAAUUGUUACAACUGUGGUCUCAUCUUUUGUAAAGUAUGCAGCAGUAGAAAGUCUUUGAGAGCUGCUCUUGCGCCUGAUAUGAACAAACCAUAUAGAGUGUGUUAUGGAUGUUUUACCAAGCUGAAAAGGUCUAGAGAACUGUCUCCUCCUCCUCCUACUCCACGUACAAGAAACCUUUUGAAUAUGCGAAAAUCGACCGAUGUUUCAGAAAAAACUCCAAAACUCCUCUCACCACACUCCAGAAUAGCCUCGGCUGACUCUUUAGUGCAAUAUGGCGAAGGAAGACACAGCAAAAGAGACGUGAAACCGGAAGUAAGUAACAGUAAUGUCUUCGCCUUAGGCAGUGUACAGCCAGCUAUGUCGCCGUUAUUAAGAGGAUCAAUAGCUUGGCCUAGAAUCUCCAAAAAUAUGAUAGUUAAAGUUCCUGGUUCAAGAGUUAGCUCUCGCACAGCGUCUCCUGUUUCAGUGAAGUCAACUAGUCCACGCCCAUCUCAUGAAGUAACAACUGAUGAAUCUAAACACAUAAAAGACAGUUUUGGUCAAGAAAUUGUGGGUCUAAAGGAACAUGUAGAACAACUUACUUCCAAAACACAACAACUUGAAGAAGAACUUGAAAAAACUAAAAGGCAGUUGAAAGUGGUCACUGCGAUGGCAGCAGAUGAAGCAGAGGAAAACAGAUCCGCAAAAGAGGUUAUUAGAUCUCUAACCACUCAGGUACAUUUAUCUUACUUCUUAUGUUUCUUAUAUCGAUGUCGCAUAAUGUUAACAAUGGUCUUGCAGUUGAAGGAAAUGUCUGGAAGAGUACCUCAAAAGGAUGAUACUAGCACUAACUUAAGACACACUGAAAAAGAGACAACAUUAGAGAGUCAAACUCAGACUAGUUCCCAGACACAUAUAAGAAGUAUGGUCCCUCAUGAUAGUCAAUCAGAAAACAACUUAAGUAAGAGUUUUGUUAAUGGACAUAGAAGACAUAAUGAGAAGGCAGAGAGAGUUGUGCAAGACGAACCUGGAGUUUAUUUGACACUGUUGUCUUUACCUGGUGGUGGUAAUGAACUCAAGCGUGUCCGGUUCAGCCGGAAACAGUUUACUGAAGAACAAGCAGAGAAGUGGUGGGGUGAAAAUGGAGGUAAAGCUUGUGAGCGACACAACAUUCUAGUUUCCUAGGAUCUCAUUUGUCUUCAAUAGAUAAAGAAAGGGAGAGAGAGACAGACAAAGACAAAGACAAAGACAAAGACAAAGAAAAGAUAGCGACAUGUAGAAUAAAUAGAGAAACAUAUGUUUUGAGGGUUAAAACCAACAUGUUUUCUGCUAUCAAUAGAAAAAAGUUUGAUGAA